AGAAUGGGCUGGAAAGAAUGAAGGGUAUAAAGGGAGUCACCUAACAAGUGAAGUACUCCUCCAUGUCACUCCUGAGAGAAGCCUCCUCUUUCAACACGAUGCUCAAGUCCGUCACAGAAAGCUUUGCCAGAGUGAUCCAUGGCUUGACAGUGGAGCACCUGACCGACCGUGUGAUUCAGAGAAGCAAGAGGAUGAUUCUGGACACUCUGGGUGUUGGCUUCCUGGGAACCAACACGGAAGUGUUUCACAAAGCCAGUGAAUACAGUAAGAUCUACAGUUCCAAUGUGGCCAGCACUGUUUGGGGCCAGCCAGACUUAAGGCUCCCGCCGACAUACGCUGCUUUUGUGAACGGUGUGGCUAUUCACUCAAUGGAUUUUGACGAUACCUGGCAUCCUGCCACCCAUCCUUCUGGAGCGGUCCUUCCUGUCCUUGUGGCUUUAUCAGAAGCUCUGCCUCCAAGUCCAAAGUGUUCUGGCCUUGAUCUGCUCUUGGCUUUCAAUGUUGGGAUUGAAGUGCAAGGCCAAUUACUGAGUUUCUCCAAGGAAGCCAAUGACAUACCAAAGAGGUUCCAUCCCCCCUCGGUGGUAGGAACCUUGGGUAGUGCUGCUGCUGCAUCCAAGUUUUUAGGGCUCAGCAUGACGAAGUGCCGAGAGGCCCUGGCCAUCGCUGUUUCCCAUGCCGGGGCACCCAUAGCAAACGCUGCCACUCAGACCAAGCCUCUUCAUAUCGGCAAUGCUGCCAGGCAUGGGAUGGAAGCUGCUUUUCUGGCAAUGCUGGGUCUCCAAGGAAACAAGCAAGUCUUAGACAUGCAGACAGGGUUUGGGGCCUUCUAUGCCAACUAUUCCCCAACAGUCCUUCCAAACCUAGAUUCCCACACUUGGCUGCUGGAGCAGCAGGAUGUGGCCUUCAAGCGGUUCCCUGCACAUCUGGCCACCCACUGGGUGGCAGAUGCAGCUGCAUCUGUGAGAAAGCACCUUGUAACAGACAGAGCCCUGCUUCCCACUGACCGCAUUGCAAGAAUUGUGCUCAGAAUUCCAGAUGUCCAGUAUGUAAACAGGCCCUUCCCAGACUCGGAGCAUGAAGCUCGUCACUCCUUCCAGUAUGUGGCCUGUGCCACAUUGCUCGAUGGUGGCAUCACUGUCCCAUCAUUCCACAAAUGCCAGAUCAACAGGCCACAGGUGAGAGAGUUGCUCAAUAAGGUGGAGCUGGAGCACCCUCAGGACAACCUGCCAAGCUUCAACACACUAUACUGUGAGAUAAGUGUCACUCUCAGUGACGGAGCCACCUUCACGGAGCGUUCUGAUACCUUCUAUGGCCACUGGAGGAAGCCAUUGAGCCAGGAGGACCUACAGGAGAAGUUCAGAGCCAAUGCCUCUAGCGUGCUGUCCUGUCACACAGUAGAAAGACUUACAGAGAUAGUAGAGAAUCUAGAAGACCUAGAAGACUGCUCUGUACUAACCACUCUUCUGAAAGGACCCUCUUCACCGGAGUUGGUUUCAAAAUCUAUCUAACAUCUAAUAAUUCCAUCAGACAAUCUCUCUUGAGGCUUAUCAAUAUCUAAGUGACUUUAUAUUGGGGAAAAAUCAAUGAUUUGCUUUAUAGAGCAAGGGUUUACUGUUGGUUUGCCGAGGAAUAAGUGAAGCAAGAUGGAGAAAGUCUAGAAAUAGAAUUGGAUUUUUAUGGAAGGAGUCUUUUCCUAUAAAUUCUGCAAGACAGUUCUAUUACCUACAGAAAAAUAAUAAAUAUGCAAGAAACACAGAGAAGUGAAUUUUUUAUAAGCAUUCAUAAGGCUGAAAUUCAAGUCACCUGUGAUUUGCUUGUAAAGUUAAUUUUUACAGAGGAGUUCUUUAUGAACUUCAUGAACUUUAAGGUGUGGGAGGAAUUUGAACCUACAUGUAAGUUUGCUGACAAUGGACAAGGGUUCUGGCAUAUUGUGCUAGCAACACAUUUCUUAGACCAUGGGAUUUUACGAGCCCUCCACAGUGGAGGCAUGUUAUUGGGUUUAAAUAUAAGGAAUUAGUAGGUACAAAUCCUGCCCCUAUAACUUAAUAGAUGUGACUCUACUGUUACUGGGUAGCCCUCUGCCUCAGUUUAAAACAGAAAUAAAAAGCAGUAGAAAAAGUAAAA